AUGUCUGUUCUGUCCAACACCCCUGCCCCCAACACCCCUUACUUUACGCCUCUCCAUCCUCAUCCCGCCGGCACUGCGGUGGUCAAGGAAGACGAGAAGAACCUUGUUCCAACCCUCUUCCAGCCCUUCAAGAUCCGCGGUGUGGAGUUCCACAACCGUCUUUGGCUCGCGCCGCUAUGCAUGUACUCCGCUGAGAACGGCGUGAUCACCCCUUGGCACAUGGCUCAUCUCGGAGGCAUCUUUACUCGUGCGACGGCAGUCUCGCUCGAGGGACGCAUCACGCCCGAAUGUGCCGGCCUGUGGAACGACGCCCAAGGAGAAGCUUGGUCGGCCGUCGUCCGCUUCGCGCACUCUCAGGGACAGAAGAUUGGCGUCCAGCUCGCCCACGCCGGCCACAAAGCGAGCACGCUUGCGCUGUUCGUCGCCGGCAGUGAAGUCGCGGCCCCGGACGCAGGCGGGUGGCCCGACGAGGUCGUGGGGCCGUCCGCCUUGGCGUACCGUAGGCUCUACGCCCCGAAGGCGUUGACGAAGGAAGGCAUUGAGAACGUGGUCGCGGCCUUCGCGGAGGCGGCGAAGCGUGCGGUGCGCGCGGGCUUCGACGUGAUCGAAAUCCACGGCGCGCACGGCUUCCUGCUGAGCUCUUUUAUGACCCCGACGAGCAACACGCGCACGGACGAGUACGGUGGGAGCUGGGAGAACCGCACUCGCAUCGUGGUCGAGGUGGUCGAUGCGAUCCGCGCCGUCAUCCCGGAGACGAUGCCUCUGUUCCUCCGCGUCUCCGCGACGGAAUGGCUCGAGGAGUCGCUGCCUGACACCCCGUCAUGGCGGGUCGAGGAUACUGUGCGCCUGGCCGGUGUGCUCGCUGAGCAUGGGGUUGAUGUCAUCGAUAUCUCCUCGUCGGGAACGCAUCCCGAUCAGCGCAUCAUCUCUGGUCCGGCGUACCAGGUGCCGUUCGCCGAGGCGGUCAAGCGUGCGCACGGAGACAAGAUUUUUGUCUUGGCCGUCGGUUCAAUUACCAGCGCGGCCAUGGCCCAAGACGUCUUGGACAAGAACCAAGCGGAUCUCAUCUUCGUCGGUCGACUGUUCCAGAAGAACCCCGGGUUAGUGUGGGCGUGGGCAGAGGACCUCGGAGUGGAUGUUCAUCAGGCAGGCCAGCACGCAUGGCCGUUCAAGGGUCGCGUGUAA